AAUCGGCCUGUAAUCGCUAAAAUAGAGCGAAGUCCAUCCAUCCAAACACAGUGCCGUAGCCACAACCCGACGGGCCAAAUUCCCAUAUAACUGCAUAUUCCAACGCCCACCACUCCUCUCAGUCCUUCAGGAUUCUGCCGCAAGACCAUUUACCAACAGCUUUCUCACCCCCCCUCCCAGCAACGCCGUCGUCCUUCUCCUGUCCCGCCUCGGGCGUUGCAAUCUCCCUGCCACUUCUCUCCUUUACCCUCCCCCCACAGCGUCUGCCUACCCUCUCCCUCCCGAGUCGCGUCAGCACUGUCAAUUCGCCAUGGCACAAUUAGACACGCUGGACAUCGUCGUCCUGGCGGCCCUCCUGCUCGGCACCAUUGCAUACCUGACCAAGGGCUCGUACUGGGCGGUGACCAAGAGUCCUGCCACGUCCAGCAAUGCCGCCGCCGGCAACAAGCCGCAGAAGACUCGCAACAUCGUGGAGAAGAUGGAGCAAUCCAACAAGAAUUGCGUCGUCUUCUACGGCUCGCAGACUGGAACGGCGGAGGACUACGCCUCGCGGCUGGCAAAGGAGGGCAAGAGCCGCUUCGGCCUGGAGACCAUGGUCGCCGAUUUGGAAGAAUACGAUUUCGACAACUUGGACUCCCUUGGCGACGACAAGGUCGCAAUGUUUGUUCUCGCUACCUACGGCGAGGGUGAACCGACCGACAAUGCCGUUGACUUCUACGAAUUCAUUACCGCCGAGGAUGCUUCGUUCUCGCAGGCCGCCGACCCGCCUCUCGGGAACUUGAAGUUCGUGGCCUUCGGUCUGGGGAACAACACCUACGAGCACUACAAUUCUAUGGUACGCAAUGUUACAAAGGCCUUGGAGAAGCUCGGUGCCCAGCGAAUUGGAGCGGCAGGAGAGGGAGAUGACGGUGCAGGUACCAUGGAAGAAGAUUUUCUCGCCUGGAAAGACCCCAUGUGGAAGGCUCUGGCAGAGAAGAUGGGUCUCGAAGAGCGUGAGGCUGUCUACGAUCCCGUCUUCACGGUUGAGGAGAAGGAGGACCUGACCAAGGAAUCCCCCGAGGUCUACCUUGGUGAGCCGAACAAGAUGCAUCUCGAGGGCGCCGCCAAGGGCCCCUUCAACGCCCACAACCCAUACAUCGCCCCCAUCACCGAAUCCCGAGAGCUCUUCAACGUCAAGGACCGGAACUGCUUGCACAUGGAGAUUGAUAUCAGCGGCUCCAAUCUGAGCUACGAGACGGGAGACCAUAUCGCAGUCUGGCCAACCAACCCCGGAAAGGAGGUUGACCGCUUCCUCCGUGUUACCGGCCUAAUUGCAAAGCGCGACCAGGUCAUCAGCGUCAAACCCCUGGAGCAGACUGCAAAGGUUCCCUUCCCCUCGCCUACGACCUACGAUGCAGUUGUGCGUUACCACAUGGAAAUCUGCGCUCCCGUGUCUCGUCAAUUCCUUGCUACUCUGGCUGCUUUUGCACCCACAGAGCAGGCAAAGGCGGAGAUGACCAAGCUUGGAAAUGACAAGGACUACUUCCAUGAGAAGAUCACCAACCGAUGUUUCAACAUUGCUCAGGCAUUGGAAGCGGUCGGCGGCCAAGAUCAAUGGACGGCCAUCCCAUUUUCUGCUUUGAUUGAAGGCUUGAACAAGGUGCAACCACGAUACUACUCGAUCUCGUCGUCAUCGCUGGUGCAGAAGAAGAAGAUCUCCAUCACCGCUGUCGUUGAAUCAGUCGAGCUCCCCGGCCGGGACGCCCUCAAGGGUGUCACCACAAACUAUCUACUGGCAUUGAUGCAGAAGCAGCAGGGUGUCGCGAACCCGGACCCUCAUGGCCUCACCUACGAGAUUACCGGUCCACGAAACAAGUACGAUGGUAUCCACGUCCCCGUCCACGUCAGACAUUCAAAUUUCAAGCUUCCCUCGGAUCCCUCUAAGCCUAUUAUUAUGAUUGGUCCCGGUACUGGUGUCGCCCCGUUCCGCGGCUUUAUCCAAGAGCGAGCGGCUCAGGCGAAGGCUGGGCAGAACGUUGGCCGGACCCUCCUCUUCUUCGGAUGCCGAAAAGCAUCCGAGGAUUUCUUGUACUCAUCGGAAUGGAAGGAAUACGAAGAUGCCCUAGGUGAUAAGUUCUCGCUGAUCACCGCAUUCUCUCGAGAUGGGCCCAACAAGGUUUACGUCCAGCACCGAUUACUUGAGCAGGCGAAGGAGGUCAACGAAUUAUUGGAGCAGAAGGCGUACUUCUACGUCUGCGGCGAUGCGGCGAACAUGGCGCGCGAGGUUAACGCGGCGUUGAUUAAGAUAACGGCGGAGCAGCGGGGCAUUCCGGAUGCCAAAGCUGAAGAGAUCGUGAAGAGCAUGCGUUCAGCAAACCAGUACCAGGAGGAUGUGUGGUCAUAGACAAAAAAAGCCAACAGUGGGCUUGUGUUAGCUCGUUGGCGUAAUUUUUGGAGGGGGGUUGAGAGAGAGAAAGGGGUCCAGAGAUAUUAAGGGACUUGAUUGACUGCUUGCUGGCUUGCAUAGUGGCGUUUUUCGUCCUGUUGUUUUUCUCCCUUUUUCGUGCCACCACCACGUCCGUAUUUUUCUGGGAGAGGGGGGUUGUAUAAGUUGUUCUCUUUUCUUUUUCUUGUUUCUCCUUUCCCCGUCAAAGUGCAGUGCAGUGCAGUGCAGUAGCAAGCACUGGUAUGAUAAGUAAGUAGGGUUGUGAAG